AUUAAUUAUGACUUGUUUUUAGUGUGUGGAAAAGCAUGUCAGAACUGGUGUUGAACAACAGGUUUAUAAAAUCGAAAUUCCGGCCAACAGGUAUGACCUCUUGUGCUUUGAAGGGCUGAUCGAUGCGCUUUUGAUAUUUCUGGGAAAAAAGACCCCUGCAAUGUUGAAGCCUGUAACUGUGAGUUCCCCGAUCCAGUUGACCGCUCGUCCGGAAGUUAACGAAAUCCGCCCGUACGUCGUUGCUGCUGUUCUACGCAACGUAAAUUUCACACAGGAUGCAUUCGACAGCUUCAUCGACCUGCAGGAGAAAUUGCAUCAGAAUAUCUGUCGUAAGCGAACCCUGGUCGCCAUUGGGGCACACGAUUUGGACACGGUCAUCCCGCCGUUCACUUAUACUGCAAGGCCACCUGAAGAAAUUAAGUUCAUGCCGUUGAAUCAAACCAGAGAAUUCAGUGCGCCGGAUCUUAUGAAGUUUUAUGCGACUGACAGUCACCUGCGUCCGUAUUUGCCCAUAAUUGAGUACUCUUUGAACUACCCGGUCAUUUACGACAGACUUGGGACCAUUCUGUCCAUGCCGCCCAUCAUUAACGGUGACCAUUCGAAGAUCUCGCUUCAAACUCGUAACAUUUUUAUCGAGUGCACGGCUACCGAUCUGCACAAGGCGACGAUAGUUCUGGACACGAUCGUGGCGAUGUACCAUGAAUUCUACGAGUACAUUGAACAAGUUUCAGUUACUCAAGCAGACGGCUCUCACUGCAUGUAUCCAGAACUGAAGUAUUGGGAUUUAGUAACAUCCGUAAAAUACAUCAACAGUCAAGUUGGAAUCAGUUUGACCAGCGACAAGAUCGUAAAUUUGCUGCAGCGCAUGGGGCUACAGUCGACCGCUACCGACGACGUUCUGACCGUUUCCGUACCGCCGACUCGGCAUGACAUUUUACAUGCCUGUGACAUCGUCGAGGAUGUAGCAAUUUCUUAUGGUUACAACAACAUUCCCAUGCGAAUACCAAUGAUCGCCACCAAUGCUCAUCAACUUCCGAUAAACAAAUUUACUGACCUGGUUAGAGUGGAAAUCGCCAGCAUCGGCUUCACUGAAGUCCUCACGUUUUCGUUGUGCAGUCGUGAGGAUAUUUCUACGAAACUCAAUGAUCCGCUUGGUGCAGAUGUCGCUGUUCACAUCUCAAAUCCGAAAACUUCGGACUUCGAGGUGGCCAGGACAAAGCUUUUGCCCGGAAUUCUCAAAACCAUAUGCAACAGCCGCAGCUGGCCACUUCCACUGAAGAUGUUCGAAAUUCAAGACGUUGUUUUGAAAGAUCCUACGUCAGGUGAUCACGUCGUGUUGUCACAAACCGGUGCUAAGAAUCGUCGCCAUUUCUGUGCCGUGUAUUGCGGCAAACGCAGCGGCUUUGAAGUCAUUCAUGGCCUAUUGGACCGUUUCAUGCGGCUAGUAGGAUGGUCGUUUGGCACGGAAAAAAAUUGUUACCAUCUUGAGAAUAGUUCCGGUAGGUGA